GCCUCCCGGUGCGGGCGCGGCGCUGCGGCAUCGCGGAGCGCUCCGCUCCGCUCCGCUCCGGCGGUACCGGGGGGGGUCCGGGGGGGUCCGGGGGGUUCCGAGCGGUGCGGAGCGGUGCGGAGCGAUGGGCGGAGGCGGAGGGACGGAGCGGGGCGAGCCCCGGGGGUAGGGGCGGCAGGUCUGCCCUUCUCCUACGAUGGACAGGCUGCUCGUCUGCCUGCUGGUUGUCAGCGCGGCGGUGAAGGCCAUGCUGUGCCCCAAGCGUUGCAUGUGUCAGAACCUCUCCCCAUCCUUCACCAUCCUCUGCACCAAAACGGGGCUCCUCUUCGUGCCCCCCAGCAUCGACAGGAGGACGGCGGAGCUGCGGCUGAUGGACAACUUCAUCACCACGCUGCGACGGAAGGAUUUUGCCAACAUGACCAACCUCAUCCACCUGACGCUGUCGAGGAACACCAUCAGUCAGAUCAUGCCUUACGCCUUCUUCGAUCUUAAGGGCCUCCACGCGUUGCACCUGGACAGCAACCGGCUGACGUACAUCAACGAGGACCAUUUUAAAGGGUUGAUUAACCUCCGCCAUUUGAUCCUGAGCAACAACCAGCUGAGCUACAUCUCCCCGGGAUCGUUGGACGACUUCAUCGAGACCAUCGAGGACCUGGAUCUGUCCUACAACAAUCUGGUCAACGUUCCCUGGGAAACGGUCGCCAAGCUCUCCAACGUCAACACGGUCAGCUUGGACCACAACCUCAUCGAGUUUGUCCCGGAGGGGAUCUUCUCCAACCUGCACAAGUUGGCCCGUUUGGACAUGACCUCCAACAAGCUGAAGAAGAUCCCUCCGGAUCCUCUCUUUUCCAGGAUUCCUGUCUAUGCCAAAUCCAAAGGGUCUCCACUGACAUCAUUGGUGCUGAGUUUUGGGGGGAACCCUCUGCACUGUAACUGCGAGUUGGUGUGGUUGAGGCGUCUCACCAGGGAGGACGAUUUGGAGACCUGUGCUUCUCCUCCGGAACUGAUGGGGAAGUACUUCUGGUCCAUCAAAGAGGAGGAAUUUGUCUGCGAGCCCCCCAUGAUCACUCACCGUACCCCGAAGGUGGCGGUGAGUGAGGGGCAGAGCGUCUCCUUGAAGUGCAAAGCUGUCGGUGACCCCGACCCCUACGUCCGCUGGAUCGCGCCCGAUGGGAAGCUGGUUUCCAACACCUCCAGGACGACGUCGUACGAAAACGGGACGUUGGAUAUCGCGGGGACUUCUUUGGGUGAUAAGGGGACGUUCACCUGCAUCGCGUCCAACGCGGCCGGGGAAUCGACGGCGCCGGUGGAGUUGGUGGUGACGCCAUACCCCAACUUGGCCAACAGCACCAACUGCGAGAAGGAGGCGGAGAACGGCCCAUCCGACAUCCUCAUCUCAGCCAAAUCGAGCUUCCCCAACGAGACAAAAGGGCCCCAAGAGAGGGCGGUGGUGGUGGGGGAGCUGACGUCGUCCUCCGCGCUCAUCCAGUGGCCGUCCCAGCAGCACCUCCCUGGGAUCCGCAUGUUCCAGAUUCAGUACAACAGCUCCUCCGAUGAGAUCCUCGUCUACAGGAUGAUCCCAGCUGCUAGUAAAUCCUUCUUCUUGACUGAUCUGGUUGCAGGACGUGAGUACGACCUCUGCGUCCUGGCCGUGUACGACGACGGGCUGACAUCUCUGACUGCAACCAGGGUAAUCGGCUGCGUGCAGUUCACCACCCAAGAGGAGUACAAGCAGUGCCGGUCCCUCCACGCUCAGUUCCUCGGGGGCACCAUGAUCAUCAUCAUCGGGGGCAUCAUCGUGGCGUCGGUGCUCGUCUUCAUCUUCAUCCUCCUGAUGAAGUACAAAGUGUACAACAACCACCACAAAAACAAGGCAGCGAAGGUCAGCAACGUCUGCUCGCAGACCAACGGGAGCCACGGCGGCUCGAUGGCUCGCUCCACCUCCAAGCUCACCGAGGGCUCCCACCAGGAAUGCUCGGCAUCCUCCAGCAAAGGGAAAGCUGUGUUGGACUCGGAUGGUGACAAAGUGACCCCUACAACCCACACCACGUUCCUAACGACCGACCCGUUAUCCUAACGGCCCCCGGGGCGGUGGUGCUGCUUUGGGAACAUUUUUGAUGCGAGUGGUUGUAUUUUAAGCCUCACUACUAUUGUCUAUUUUUAAGAUCAGAUGGUUUCAAAGAUAUUUUUUUAACCUGUAAAACAGUUCUCGCAUUCUUAACUAUUUUCUUUCGAUGAUAUUAAAGAUGAGUGUGUGAUUUACAAGGUUUUUUUACCGGUUCUUUUAUAGCAUACACCUCUGGUUAUCAAGGCAGCGGCAUCGCUCGAUUCUGACUCGGUUUGUCCGUAGUGAAAUGCACUAUUUUUUCCCCCCCUUUGGUUACAGACCAGCAGCAAUGGAAAUACUCUCAGGAUCUUCAGACUUCCUCACCAAACUGCUCGCACCUCCGGGGAGCGACGUGACUCAUUGCCAUGGGUGUGUCGGAUACGCGCGGCUCGCAAUAGGAGGGACAUCACGAAGUCGGGGGUUUCCCUAUGGAAGAUUAUUACAAAAAAAAAGAAAAAAAAAGCUAAAAAAAAAAAAAAAGCACUUUCAAAAAAAUCAUAAUAAUAAUAAAUAAAAUUGGAAGUACUUUAAGUA